AUGCCGCUCACGCACCCCACGCCGCAGCUUGGCGAGCUCAGGGGGCCUCCCUCCUCAUUACCUUCUCGGGAGGACCCUGAUUCCCAACCGCCCGGUAGCAAGCGGCCCCGUCUGGAAGAACCUGGCGGUGUCUCUGAGGCGGGGUGGCGGCUGCCUUGGGUGCCUCGCUUGCCUGAGGCAGCGGUCAGGGAGUUGCGGCCCAGACCCGUCGAGGCGUUCCUCAUUUCGAUGGAUGUGAUUUUCGAGACUCCCAGAGACCCGCGGGUGGAGCCGUCAGUCAGUGGGAAGCAGACCGGCAGCCUGGGAUGCCAGAAGAGCAGACCUCCAGGGCCUGGCUGUUCGCCGCCUCCCGCCUCAGGGCGCGCGCGCGCGGGUCCGAGGGCUCGCGGGGCCCCAUCCGGGCAGCUGCUCCCAGGGGUUUCCAGCGCGCGCUGCCUCGGGGGAGCCGGGGCGGAGGCUGGUCUGCCUCUGCCCCCAGCCUCCGCAGGUGGAGGCAGGCACGAGGACGGAAAGCAGCCCUCACCCCAGAGGAGGGACAGUGUUCUGAAAGACAAUAGUUACAUAAGGCAGGCAGAAAACCCAUUUUUAGACGUUACCUUUUACAAGGAAGCUAGACCGACGUUUCGUGAAAUUAAGAACAGAUGUGAAGCUGACAGUGUUAUGCCAUCAAAUAGAAAAGAAAAUAACAUUUCAUCAUCUAGACUAAAAAUACCAAAAUCUCAAAACCAGCCCAGCGUGGAAAUUGCCAAACCCAGCUAUUUUAGAGAUAGCAUCACAAUAAGAAUCCCUGAGUUUCCAACGGUUUUAAAUAGCAACGUGUCCUUUGUCUAUUUAAAGGAAACGGCAAAGAAAAAGAGUGACAAAUUUGAGGCAUAUGUUAGGGAUUUCACAAACAUUUACUGGUCCCAAAAUAGGCCUGAUGUUAAGAAGCAAAAGUUACAGGAUGAUAAAAAACGUGUAGAUGUGGAAAAUGGUCUUACUGAGUAUUAUGAAAGUAACCCCCUGUCAGUCAGCAACCAAAACAAUUUUGAGAGUAAAAAAGACUUGAUCAGUUUAAACUGCUAUCAUUACAGCAGUAUCAAGUGUGAUGCAAGAGACCCAAAAAAGAAUUUCACUGUAACUCUAGAAAAGGCAAAUCGGGAGGAAGCAGAAACAAGUCUUAACAGUUACAGGUUGGAGAAAUCCCCUAACAGGGACUGUUACAUAGGACGUAUUUUAAAAAGAAACAGGCAGAGUUGUUGGAUUAUGAAAAAUUACAAGGUCAACUAUGAAAAUAUGAAAAAUCCUAGAGAAAUGAAUUUGCUACAAUUGCUAGUAAAAGACCUUGUAAACAAGAAAGAUUAUCACACUACAAAAGUCAUGAAUGUGCGUCAACAGUCAAAGCCUCUGUUGAUAGGGAUGUCGGGUAGCCAAAAAAAUUUAAUAAAAAUUGAUUGGUUAAAUGGUAAAGGAGAAAAUGAUAAUAUACUACAGUUGAAAUACUACACUAUACAAAAAGACUUUCAUUUAAGCAAGAUUUUUCAAAGUUUCACUAUAGAAAAUUUUAAUUUCCUUAGUAGUAUUUCAGGAAAUAAAAAUAAUAUUGUGGCCUGGUAUAAAAUUUUGAAGUGCAAAAAGCAAAUUGGUAUUCAAAAUAUAAUAACUGGGAAUAUGAAUGUUAAUAUAAACAGUUACAAUUUAAGCAAAUAUUUACAAACCAGUGUUCUAGAACAUUUAAAUGUCAUUUUGAAAAUUAACAUAGUGUCUUUGUUUGAUAAUUUUGAUUCUUUAAUAAGAAUUGAAAAUGAUUCUGAAUUGGAAGAAGGCUGCAUUUUCAAAUGGAUAGUACAUUUAAACUAUCCAAAAAAUAUUACAAUGGAAAAUCCUAUUGUAUAUCUAAUAUGGAUUUUAACUUUUUCAAGACUCUUAGAAAAUAAUAUGAGACCUUUGUUAAAGAAAAGAAAGCUAUUUAAAACCACCAAACUUCUUGAAGGAUCUAAGAAAGAAAACAUCAGCUCCUUCAGGACAAUGACUAAAAAUAUAUGCUUUCCAACUUUUGAAGCAUAUGAAAAAAUGGAAUUUGAUGAUGUGGAAGAAAUUUCUUUGACAAAGGAAACUAGUUAUAAGACUAUGAGUUGUCCUGAACAACUCAUGAAUGUGGAAAAUUGGGCUCACUGUGGUCUUAUUAAAACACACCUGAAGUGUGGUUCUCAAUUUAUACAGAAUAGUCAUGCAUGUAAUAAUGAAAAAUAUUAUGAAAUUAAAACAUGUCACCAAGAUUUAGAUACAGAAAGAAAACAGGAGCACAGUAAGAUUAGUAAGUUCAAUUCUAUGUGCGUACUUGAAGCUUUCUUUAAUGUUUGUCAACAGGCCAUACUGGCAAGCCAAAAGUCAGUACAUAGUGAACAGAGCAAUACCACGCGUACAACUCAGGUGCCAAAUUUUAAGAACUUGCUAAGUGAAACAGAAGGAAAAAAAUAUGACAUUGUUUUGAAAAAUGAAGUAAAAGUCACACCACAAAGUUUAACAGAUAGCUGCCAACUUCACAAUAUUCCAUUAGAAAAGGAGGAUAGUUUUUUCCCAAUGGGUGGCAGGCUUUCUGUGCAAUCAGGGUCAUUGAGGAAGAAAGUAAAUGUGGAAGAAAUGAAAUCUGUUAAUCAAAAUAAUGUAGGGGACAGAAAUGAAUAUGAGAGUAUUUUUCAAGAAAGUGAGUUAGUUAAUUCAAAGCAUUUUCAUCCAAAGAGUGACUCUACAUUAUAUGUUAAUCUUCAAUUUGAAACUAAUUCAAGUGAAGGAAACAAUGAAUGUUUUCAGGAUUUAACUGCUAAAUGUUUAUCAACAGAAACUCUGACAAUAGUAAAAGAUUUUGAGAUGAAGAGUAAAUUUGAUUUAGUACUUAAAGAACUUCAUAUGUUUCAUGAAAUUAGUAAGGAAAAUGAAAUUGCAAGCACCAGGGAAGCAAACAAUGGGCAAAAAAAUGACUUUGGAAAAAGAAAUGAUACUGAAGAGGCAGAAAUAGAGACAGAAAAAGAUUUGAAAAUGAUUGCAGCCCACAAAAUAUGCACAUCUUUGCCCUGUGAAAAGGCAGCUGGUCUUGGUAUGCAUAAAACUCACCAAGGUUUGUUUAAAUGGAAAACAAUAUCCAAUAAUGGAGAACAGGAAGUUCCCAAUGAGUUUUGCUGUGGAACAUCAGAGAAACAAUUACUCUAUUCUACUUCUGAGGAAGCUUUACCUGAAAGACUUGCUCUUUUUCCUGAUGAAUGUAAGGAAGAAAAAUUUAAUUAUCUACUGAGAGAAGGUAGUCAUUUUUCACAUGGCAUUUCAAGAGUACAACCUCUUAAGACAUGCAACCGACCAAUCAGGAUUGGCUUGUCAAGAAAAGCCAGGCUUAAACAACUCCAUCCCUAUCUGAAAUAA